AUGUUCAAAGUCGCGCGCAUCCGAAGAGCAGGGGUAGCUGCGUUUGUCGUUAUGAUUGCUCCACAGGCGUGCGGUGAAAGUGUCAUUGACUCCAUGGUGAACAUACUUGAAUUCCUUUCUUCCACAAUCUUCAAUGAUGCACUACUUGGCGGCCGCCAAGAUCCCUCGACUGGCAGCAGUGAUACGAGUCUCAGUGACGAUCUGGUAACGAACGAGGGAGUUCAAAAGAAGGCACUGUGGAUGAGUUUCGGCUUUGGACUGGCAAAUUUCCUCUGCACCGUGUUUGCACUAAUCAACAUCGACAGCAAGGGGCGUCGGUUCCUCUUGAACCUCUCAUUUCCCAACAUGUCUUGGACCUUGCUUGCAGCUGGUCUUUGCUUCUUAAUACCAGAUGGAGACACCCGCGUCGGCCUGAUCGCAUACUCCGCUGGUGAGGGACCGGUUGCUUUCAUCAUAUCCAGCGAGGUAUUUCCGCUCGUGAACCGCGAAGUCGGCAUGAGCUUCGCGGUCUUCUGGAAUUUACUGGGCGCAGGGAUUUUAGCCCUUACUGCGCCCAUCCUGGCAUACGGGUUGACGCCCACCGGUCUGCUCGCACGUUUCGCCGGCCUGGAUCUGGUAUGCUGGGCUGCCGUCUUUUUCUUGGUGCCCGAGACGACGCGCAUAGGCUUGGAUGACCUGAACAAGAUCUGCAAGUACCGUUCGGGCGUCCGGCGCCAUCGAAAGUCUCGAUGA